UCGAAAUCUGACUUACAACACACUAUCAUCCGAGUUUUUGUUUGCUUUUUCAAACAAUUUGCAUUACUUGUUGGUUUAUUAGUUUAAUGCGCACCCUAACACUACACACUGUCUCCAGUACGAAUGCACUCCCAAUCAGCGAUCGCGAUUCCAAUUAGAGCAGCACCCACACAUUGGUCCAACUGGUUUUGUUUACAAACAAACAUGAAACAAGUGAGCCUAUCUGCCAGCCAGGUUUUCGUUUUCCUCGCCAUCCAGUGAAAAGAGGCAGGCACGAACUCGAGCUGCACCGCCAGCUUCUUCGCCUGCUGCAAAACAGGUUUUCUUCUGGCAUGGAGGUGCUUGGCCGCAAACUGCAGCGGAGUUGGGUUUUCUAGGCCAGCAGAGAGCUGCAAAGAGCAUGGCACAGUGAAUACUGGCCAAUGUUCGUCUUCAUAUUCUUAUCAAUCAGCGUUGUACGCUUAACACAACAACAAUGCAAUUCUGUUUGAUCGUUUCAAAGCUAAAAAAGAAAUCAAGAAAUUUAAGUGAUCUAUUUCUGGCGGUCUCCACUGUGCUGUUGAAAGUGCUGACGGAAUGCCAAACUGGAUGUAGCCACACAGACGACAGCAAAGCAUAGCUCACCUCCCACGCCCACAGACAGCUGCUUCUUUGUGGCUGCCUUUGUGUUGUUCCGCUUUAAGGCCAGUACUGACUGUGUGUCACCUAUCUACGUGUAUUUGGGCUGCGCAAGUGACUAGUCCAUUGAUAAAACCGACGAUAAGGUGUGGAGCCAUCUUUGAAAUCGUUUUGGAUGUAUACACGUCCCGCGAGUGACAUCAUACACCACAUUCCAAUUAAAAAGCUCAAUUGAUUGAAAAACUGCGAAAAAUAAAGGGGCCAUAAAUCAUCCGCACGAUGGAGCGACGCGGGCGCAUUCCGGUGGCCAAGUUCCGCACCCAGGAGGCCAAGACACGCAGUCGGAGUCGCGUCAGGGAGCCGGACUACAACGAGCAGGACCCAGAGCACGAUAUGUUUACUUUGCUGGAGGAUAACAUUGCUCUUCGGGAGGAGAACAAGGCUCUUAAGCUGGAGAUUGAGACUCAUAAAACCACACAGGAGGAGCAGCAGACUCAACAUGGGAAGAUGUGCGCUGCACUGGAAUCACUGCAGCAGCAGCAGACCAACUUCGAGACCCAAAUCAAGGAGCUGAGCUCCAAGUUCAACAAGGCUCUCAACGAACGAAACGCUUUAGACAAGCUGCACAAAAUGAAGGUCGAUCAAAUUCACAAUCUCACCAGCGAGCUGGAGCAUAUUCGCGAGAAGCAGCAGGAUCAGGCACCACCAGUAGCUCCCCGGGCGGUGCUCGGUUCCGUGGAACUGAAGCGAAAGCUCUUUAAGAUCCUGCAGUCGGGCAGCGCAGACAGUGCUGACAGUAUCGGAACUCAGGAGCUGGACAGUUUGGUUGAUGUCCAUUCGGAGGGGGUGCCCAUUACCAGCGGCUUGGUUGAGCGACUGGCCGAUGAGUUCUUGACUCUCAAAAAUACCACCAAUUCCGUGGAGCUGCAGUUGUACGAGGCCAACGAAAAGAUGGCCGAGCUGUUGGAGCAGCAACACGCAAUGGACGAGGAAAAUGAAGCGCUGCGAACGGAAAAUAGUAACUUGACCAAGGUGGCUAAACUGUUGACCGAAAACAUGAAGGAGAGCGUGGAAACUAGCCAAAAAAUGGAAGCCGCUCUCAUCAAGUUGAAGCAGCGCAAUGAUGAGCUCGCUGCGAAGACUCGAGAUCUGACUGAUGGCCAGCCAGGAUCCAGGACCAGUACGUCGUCCAGCGUGCUAAACGAACAGGUGGAGUUCGAGCAUAUCCAGGACCAGGUGCAGCAGCAGGCCAGAGAGCACAACGAGCGCAUUGUGGAAAUGCAAAAUCUAAUGGAUGCGGCUAUAGCCAAAACUACUAACGAUGAACUAAAAAAAUUACAACUUAAGUUGGAGAUACUCGAGAAGCAGCUGCGCGAGGCAGUCACGCGUGCUGAUCGUGCCGAGGAGCAACUGGCGCACUACCAGCAGUCUGAGCAAAAGUCUCUGGCCGCUCCGCCACCUCCUCCACCGCCACCCCCUCCUCCAAUGGCAGGAAAGCUUUUUCCUCCGGGCGGAUUGGUGGCAGCUGGCGGUGGCAGCCUGAGUGACCAUAUUGCCGGACAUAGCUUGCGCAAAGGCAGCGGCGACAAGAUCAUCGAAAAUGUGAAACAUCAGGUACAGGCCGAGGCUGCAACAGGUCUUGACGCUCUGAUGCGUGAGUUUAAGUCAGGAGGCGUGACCCUGCGACGGCGCAAUCGCCGCAAGACGGGCACCAGCGAGGCUCUCAAGGAGAUGUUCCAAGUACUAGAGAUAAGUCAGAAGCAGAAUCGCAACUCCAAGAUAUGCGUUGACCUGCACUCAUCCCGUGGAGUUGAUGUUUAAUGCUGCUGCUGACACCUUUCUCACCCACUCUCUUACACCUUGGUCUCAAAUCUCAGGAUCCUGCUGUCCCUGAACAACGAACAUUCCGUGCAUUUUCAAACCGUAUUAUUGUGUGCCUUUUCGAAGAGGAAACUAAAGCCAUUUUAAAAUUUUCUAAGCUUAAGCCGCAACUUUAUACCAAUCUUAUAUCUUAUAUAUUAUCUACUUGACAAUAUUUAUUUAUAACUAACUUUUAACCGACCUGGGUAAUGUGUUCAUUUUGACAGGUUUCGCGUUUUACUAAUCAAAGAAACCCCAAACAAAAAUAUAUUGAAUAAACUUUUUAACCAAAAAA